GACCGCGAGCACAGGCCUCUCCGCGGGCGCCUCUGAUCCCCGCGGGACCCCCGCCCGCCCGCCCUGUCCAGCCGCCGGCGCGCCCCAUCGGCAGCUCUCCCCCCGCGCAUCUCCGGCAGCCGGCGAGCCCAGUGGGUAGCGCGCAGCCGCCAUGUUCAGCUGGAUGAAGCGCAGCGGGGCGCGGGGCCAGCAGCCCGAGGCCAUCCGCACGGUGACCUCGUCCCUGAAGGAGCUGUACCGCACCAAGCUGCUGCCCUUGGAGGAGCACUACCGCUUCGGAGACUUCCACUCGCCCGCCCUGGAGGACGCCGACUUCGACGGCAAGCCCAUGGUGCUGGUGGCCGGCCAGUACAGCACGGGCAAGACCAGCUUCAUCCAGUACCUGCUGGAGCAGGAGGUGCCAGGCUCCCGAGUGGGGCCCGAGCCCACCACCGACUGCUUCGUGGCCGUCAUGCACGGGGAGACCGAGGGCGUCGUGCCGGGCAACGCCCUCGUGGUUGACCCCGAGAAGCCCUUCCGAAAACUCAACCCCUUCGGAAACACCUUCCUCAACAGGUUCAUGUGCGCCCACCUCCCCAAUCAGGUGCUGGAGAGCAUCAGUAUCAUCGACACGCCCGGCAUCCUGUCGGGGGCCAAGCAGAGAGUGAGCCGUGGCUACGACUUCCCCGCGGUGCUGCGCUGGUUCGCCGAGCGCGUGGACCUCAUCAUCCUGCUGUUCGACGCGCACAAGCUGGAGAUCUCGGACGAGUUCUCUGAGGCCAUCGAAGCCCUGCGCGGCCACGAGGACAAGAUCCGCGUGGUGCUCAACAAGGCCGACAUGGUGGAGACGCAGCAGCUGAUGCGCGUCUACGGGGCGCUCAUGUGGGCGCUGGGCAAGGUGGUAGGCACGCCCGAGGUGCUGCGCGUCUACAUCGGCUCCUUCUGGUCCCAGCCGCUCCUGGUGCCCGACAACCGGCGCCUCUUCGAGUUGGAGGAGCAGGACCUCUUCCGCGACAUUCAGGGCCUGCCGCGCCACGCCGCUCUGCGCAAGCUCAACGACCUGGUGAAGAGGGCGCGGCUGGUGCGGGUUCACACGUACAUCAUCAGCUACCUGAAGAAGGAGAUGCCCUCCGUGUUUGGGAAGGAAAACAAGAAGAAGCAGCUGAUCCUCAAGCUGCCCGUCAUCUUCGCUAAGAUUCAGCUGGAGCAUCACAUCUCCCCUGGCGACUUUCCGGACUGCCAGAAGAUGCAGGAGCUGCUGAUGGCUCACGAUUUCACCAAGUUCCACUCGCUGAAGCCGAAGUUGCUGGAAGUCCUGGACGAGAUGCUGACGCACGACAUUGCCAAGCUGAUGCCCCUGCUGCGGCAGGAGGAGCUGGAGAGCACGGAGGUGGGCGUGCAGGGCGGCGCUUUCGACGGCACCCACAUGGGCCCCUUCGUGGAGCGUGGGCCCGACGAGGCCCUGGAGGACGGCGAGGAGGGUUCCGAUGACGAGACCGAGUGGGUGGUGACCAAGGACAAGUCCAAAUACGACGAGAUCUUCUACAACCUGGCGCCGUCCGACGGCAAGCUGAGCGGCACCAAGGCCAAGACCUGGAUGGUGGGCACCAAGCUCCCCAACUCGGUGCUGGGGCGCAUCUGGAAGCUCAGCGAUGUCGACCGGGAUGGCAUGCUGGAUGACGAGGAGUUCGCCCUGGCCAGCCAUCUCAUCGAGGCCAAGCUCGAGGGCCAUGGGCUACCCACCAACCUGCCCCGCCGCCUUGUGCCACCCUCCAAGCGGCGCCACAAGGGCUCCGCGGAGUGACCGGCGCUGCCCGCUGGCCCUCGCGCCCGCUCGCCCCGCGGUGGCUCCCCAGCUUCCGUCAGCUGCACGCACAUCCCUGGCCCACGUGCACCCUGCCUGCCCUCCCUCCCCGCUGUAAGGACGGGGGUCUCUCCACCCCGCACUGCCAGACAGAGGGGAUCAGGGGAGGGGCAAGACUUCUCUGCUCACUCUUCACACCUCUGCCCACCCAUCCAUUUAGGCACAUCACACUGACACUCAUAGACACACAUACACACACACAGGCAUCCAUCCAUUCACCAAUCAUUCAGGUAUUUAUUAAGCACCUACUACAUUCAGUGCUGGGGCCUCGUUCUAGGCACAGGAUUCCAGAGAACAGAGCAGGCACAGCUUCUCAUGGAGCUGACAUUCUUGGGAGACAGCGGCUACCUGUCACUCAAACACACACACACACACACACCCCAGCCCUGACCAGUCCCACCCUGGAUUCCGGGUAGGACCCCUCACCUCUCCCGGUGAAUGAGCAGCCACUUGGUUGAAAUGACUAACAGGCUCCCUGGUCUACUUGCUCUUGCCCACCCAGGCAAGGGCCCCUCCCGCCCCAUCAUAUCCUCAGGCCUUGGGGUCACUGGGGGUUCCGCAGGGAAACACAACCUCCUACUUCCUCAGAUGGACCCCUCUUCGCCCCUCCCUCCAGCUCUGGUCACAGCCUGCUUUAAGGAGGAUCUUUAGGGGGUGGAAAAGCCCCUCCAAUUUUUGCUCCUACCAGACUGCGCCCACUCGGAGGUAUUUCUGUCCUCCGCCCUCCUGCCUGGGGUUGAAAGCCCGGCCUGGCCCCUGUCUCCCCCACAGCUGGCGGUCAUAAUUUUGAGACUGCUGGGGCCCAGCCUCGCGGCCCAUCAGUCCGUAUGGAGGUAUAAAAGACCCCGGAGCUUUAUUUUAGUCCCCCUUCAGGGCUGUCGUGGGGGUACAGGCUCUUGGUGCUACAGCCCCCUCCUCCUCUUUCCUACAGGGAACUUGUACCCCCUUUCCUGCCAUCACCCCACAUUAGUGCCUGAUCUUGGUGGGAACCCCAUGGAAAAGACGGGAAAGAGGAAAAUAGGGCACUGGAUGGGAUUCCCACGCUCACCCCCCCACCCCGGUCUGGGAGGGGCCUGUGAACGUAACCCCACAGAGCGAAUAAAGCCAAGGCUUCUCUCCA